AUGCCGGGCCUCACAGCCAACUCUGCUGACGAGGAGAUUCAUAUUGAUGACUUCGAGAUCCUCCGCACCAUUGGUGAAGGCACCUUUGGUAAAGUGAAGUUGGCCUGGCACAUUCUGACCGGGACACAGGUGGCUCUCAAGGUCGUUAAAAAAAGGUAUCAGAGCUUCUCAAGUGCCCAGGCACUUUUCCGGGACGUGUGCGGUCUGAAGGCUCUCGAUCACCCCAAUAUUGUCAAACUGCUGGGGGUGAUUGACACAGAGAAGACAUUUUUCGUGGUGAUGGAGUACCUCAGUGGGGGGAACAUGUACCGCUAUUUGAAGACCCAUGGCCGUAUGACAGAGUUGGAGGCCCGAGGCCUGUUCCGGCAGCUGCUCUCCGCCCUGCAGCACUGCCACCAGAGGGGCAUCGUGCACCGGGACCUGAAGCCAAUGAACCUCCUCUUUGAUUCCCACAUGAAUAUCAAACUUACAGACUUUGGCCUCAGCAGCAAGUGUGAUGACACUGGCCAACUGGACAUGAGCUGCGGCACAGCCCCUUAUGCUGCCCCGGAACUCUUGCUGGGGCAGAGGCACAGCGGCCCUGCGAUGGACGUGUGGAGCCUGGGAGUAGUGCUCUACGCCAUGUGGACAGUGCACACCAGCUCCUAUAAGAGAAGCGGUGCAAAAUUACCGUUAAGAAAGAUUAUGCUGAGUGACAUGACCAUCGUGGCAGAGCAGGAGACACCACCCUCCAGCCCCCGACAAAGACCAACAAUUAGACAGCUAUCCACAAACAAAAAUGGCUCUGAGAGAGUUCAGAGUCCACUUAAGAAACUUCAGCAACACAGUAGAACAAAACACCUGAGAAUAACCACACAAAAAAGGAAGGAAGAACAGAAUCAUGUUGCCUGCAUCAUCCCAGCCCUCAGGCGAACCCUGCUCAGCACCAGGAGGGAGCUCCCCAGCUUGAAGAGCUCCCCUCGCUGGGAAAGGGAGAGUGAGAGCUUUAUCAGCUGCUUAGGGCACCGCACAAGGGACUCACUUUGGUCUCACCCCACCCAGAAACUGAAAAAGCUGAGACAUAUAGAGAUAGCUAGGGACAAGGAAGAAAAGCAGGGCUACCAGUAUUAG